GUCAUAAAGACCGAUCGAUGAUCAAGAAGACAUCUUCCACACAUUCUUGUUAUCCAUUUCUGCGAGGUUGUUCCCACAAUUCUUCCUCCUAACUUGUAACUCAUUACGAAUUUUUGAAGAUGGCGAAUGUUGGAACCUUUCAAAACUCAGUAAUAUCAAAACUCCUAAUCCACCCGUUUGUAUGGAGAGUGACAGGCUUUGGGUCAAGCAUAGUUGGGUUCAGCUGUUAUGCCUUCAGCCCCUCAUUCGCAUAUUUCUUCGGAAAAUGGAGCACGCUCAAGAUUGUCGUGUACAGCGUUGUAAGCUCACUUUUAUGUAUGUCGACACUCUUCGUCAAGAGAUGCAGCGUGGGACAUGGGAAAUGUUUGUUGUUGAAAGCGCAAGUGAGUUUUUUGGUCUUAGCACUCACCUCUCUUUGGUCUUUCUGGGAAGAUUGUCAUGAAGUUCAAGGGAAAGUGAAAAAGGGACAUGGCAAAUUGAUGAACUUGACUUCAAGUGGGGCAUUUUCCUUGAUGGCUAUGAGUUUGUCGAGACAACUCCAACUUGGAUUCGAAGUUGGAGCGACUAACUUCUUGGUCGGAUGCUUCUUGGUGACUAUCAUGAAGAUGAACUUGAAGUUAGCUCCAAUUGCGGCACUCUUCUGCUAUUUGCUUGUCAACAUCCGUUCCAUUUCUGAUUUUUUGCAUGAAAAGCGAGCACGUGAUGCCACUGCCACACAACAUGCAGAUGCGGUGAAUGUUCAAGAUCGUGAAGCCAAUUCUAUUAUUGUCUCUGCACGUGAUACACACGAGGCAAGUUCUCAAGACCCUGAAUCGUGUUCUGAUGAUGUCUUUAAACAUCAUGGUGAUGACACCGUUGUAAGUGGAGAAAUUUUUACCAAGAAGGAAUCAGCGGAAUCGGAAGGAGAAGAAAGCUUCAGAUCUGACAAUAGAAAUGAGGCAAAUUUUCAAGACCUUGAAGUAAAUUCUAAUGUCGUUGCAUGUGAGACAAAUGAGGGAAGUUUACAAGACCUUGAAGCAAAUCAUAAUGUCCUUGCAUGCGAUACUCAUAAAGAAAAAGUUAUCAAUGGAAUUCAAAUUCCAUUGCGUGUUCUAAAGAAGUGUGGGAAUGAUGUUCGGGAUUUUUUCUCUGGAAUGGGGUUAUUAGACAAUAGAAAUGAGGCAAAAUUUCAAGACCUUGAAGCAAAUUCUAAUGUCGUUGCAUGUGAUACAAAUGAGGGAAGUUUACAAGACGUUGAAGCAAAUCAUAAUGUCCAUGCACGCAAUACUCAUAUAGAAAAAGUUAUCAAGCAAAUUCCAUUGCGUGUUCUGAAGAAAUGUGGGAAUGAUGUUCUGAAGAAAUGUGGGAAUGAUGUUCUGAAGAAAUGUGGGAAUGAUGUUCGGUCUUUUUUCUCUCCAAAGGGGUUAUUAGGUAAACAUAUGACCCAUACUGAAUGAAAGAUUUCCUUUAAUUAAUAAUCUAUUUUGCUGCCAUUUGUUUUGUUAGUUUUUCCUAAUUGGUCUGUGGAUCUUUGACCCAAUUCUCUUUCUUUUUAAGUGUAUUUGGAUGACGGAUUGAAGCAUGAAUGAAGUAUUUUUUUUUC